AUGAAUAAUGAUACUUUGAAAGUGUACGAAAUCAUCGUUCUUUUUUUGAAACAGAUGCUUAUGAAGCAGAAUGACUUCGAAGCAGAGACGUCCAGACUGCGGCAGCAAAUUGCAGAAAUGCAAGAGGCCUACAAUAAGGAACUGCAUUUCCUACAGUGGAAGAACGAGGAACUCAUGGAGUGCCUUAAAAGCUAUACUUCACAAGCAUCACAGGAAUCGCGUAAAGCGUACCAAGUGGAAACUGUGUAUGAAACGGCAGAAGAAGAACCAGGAAAAGAUGAUGAACUCAUGUUCUCGACAUCGGCUGAGAUGCCACAUGUCCAGGAAAAUUACAAUGCCGCUUUGAAACUAGUUAACUUUUCAAAAACCGAGAUUUCGGAGCUAAAUGCUAAGAUUACUGUUCAAGAGGACAUUAUCGAGAGCAUUAGAGGGUGUAUGGUGGAUAAUCACCUCUCCAAGAAUGUAGAUCAAACUUCUAUUCUUGUUAAAAGCGGAACGCCGUUACAAAUAUCGAGGAGUGAUGGAGGUAUUGGUACGGCAGAAAAUUCGGAAUUGGAUACGAAGAACAAUAGUCGAAAGGAUCUCAACAUUGGUCAACUCGCAUUGGGAAAGAAAGAGUUAAAAGAAAUGCUUCUCUUUGAGCGGAAAGCUUUCGAAGAGCAAUUAAGUACAUUAGGAACUUUGUUCCAUGAAGAAAAGAAUAAGGGUGACAUACUGUUGCUGAAAGUGAAUGAUCUGAAUGCAAAAUAUGUGGAAGUUGUAGCAGAAAUGGGAAGUGUAAUUGCACAAAUGGAGGUUGUGAAGAAAGAAAAUGGUGAACUUCUGGAAUGUAAAGAAAUUCUGUCUGACAAACUACAAGAAUAUGAGGACACGCGAGAGCUCUCAAUUCACUAUGAAGACGAAUGUGCUAGGCUACAUAAGGAGAACGUGAGGCUCAUUGGAACGUGCAACGAUUUAGAGAACACUAUUCGCGUUUUGCAACAAGUUGAAUAUGAGCAAAUCCAGGGUUAUGAAGAGCUCACAAAACGUUGUGAAUAUCUUGAAAAUGUGAUCUUGGAUGAAAGAAAAGAGUUUGAUCAGCAACUGAACAUGUUCAAGACGGCCAUUGAAGAAGAAACUCGCAACAACAACGAAGUGGUGACUUACCUAAAAGAGAGGAUUGCAUCGGAGGGCAGGAAAUAUGAGCUCGUCGUUGACGGCUAUAACGAAAAGCUGGCAAUAUUGAGGGAAAACUAUAGUAUGUUGGAGAGAGAAAAAGACGAUAAAUGUGAAAAACUCAGACUGGCAAGGACAGAAGUAGUAAAGCUCAGUAAUGAACUCUCUUCUGUUCGCGAAAAACUGGCAGAAAGUGAGAUGAAGGUGGCCGAGUUGCGAUCUUCUAUUUCCACAAUGCAAAUGGAAAACCAAAAAAUCGAAGAAGAGAACAUUCUAUUAACUAAAAAGAUCGGAGAUCUAAAAUAUGUCAUCAGAUCUGUUCAGAACGCAGAAAGCGACCAUGAGAAUUAUUGUGAUAAAGAAAGCUUCCCUUCGAGAACAUUUCGGUUGUCUGAUCUGAUAGGCGCAGAAUCUCAUCAGGAAACCACCGUUGGAGAGGAAGAACGUUCGAAUGCAUCUGUCGAGAAACUUUUAUCUAACGAAUUAGAGGAGGCGGUGAAGAAUUCUUAUUGGGAUCAUCGGCGCUUAUCCAAUCAGUGUGUAACUUGCGAGACGUCGAAAAAAGUAAUGUUUGACAGUGAUGAAAGGAUAAUACUAUAUGACCCAGAAAGUCCUCUGACUUUUGAGGGGAGUUUACUUACGGAAUUUUCUAUUACCGAUGAAAAUGGACUGGUAAAUAAUGCUUCCAAAGAGACGAAGGAGAGCGAUGUUGAUUCGUUACGCAGACAAGUAGGAAGAUUGCCCUCUCAAGCAUCAAAAACUCGAAAUGGGGAGGUCUGGAAGCAAGUACAAUGCACUGAAUUGUCUGGUAAUCAAACGACAGCGCCACUAAAAGCUCAAAAUGAAUCUUGCGCCAAAGUUGUUCUGGAACAAUCCGAAAAUUUUGCCAUUGAAAUGGCGACCCUUAGAAAGCGUCAGCAACUGAGAGAUUCUGAGACAGUGAAAGUGCAUAGAAAUGAAGCAGAGGAUCAGGCUUUACGCAAGGAAAACUUAUCUCCAACACAAUCUUUUUCUGAUCGGGAGUCGUGUCAUGAAAGUCUCCGGACGCAGUUGUCGAAGUGUAGUGGAAGCUGGAGUGUCAUCCAUAUGCAGGAGCACUCAGUUGAACGUAAAGUCUGUUUUCUGUUGCCGUCACUUCUUAGCGCUCUUCCUGAUGUGGCUUUGCAUCUGGAAGGUGAAGAGGCAAUCCAUGAUUUAGAUGACGAAAAUAUUCCUCUAAAGAGAGCGUUAUGUAGGACCAAUGAACAAUUUGAAUGUGCUACAAAUGGUGUGGACGGUGUUUGUCAGUCGUCAGAAAAUUGCUACGUUCGUGCCAUGAUAACGAGAAAUACGAAACUAAAAAUGGUUUCCUUCAAAGCUGACAUCUUCAGUGCUAUUGCAGAUUUCUGGAAGAAAUGGGGUUAUCCGCAUCCCAAAAAGAGGAAUCUUCAACUGGAGGCGAAAGACGAGUGUCUGCAGUUCAAUCGCCGGCAGGAAAUAAUGAAAAACUUGGAAUCGAGUGAAGAACACGUCCGGGUAGUGGAAGACAAAGCAGAGAGGACUGAAAUUUACAGUGAUGAAUUACUCGACGAGAGAAUAAAUCAACUGCGGCAAGUCGUCGAUGAGACAGAAAUGGACACGACUCGUAGAAUUGUUGAGCUAAAAUCCAUGACUGCUUCGCAGUUGCAUGAUCGUGAUAACAUGUUAGCGGUUUCCCUUAACUCCAACUUAUCAUCGCUCGGCGAAAACGCUGAUCGGUCGCAUGCUGGACUUGUUGCUAAUGAAUACGUCGAUGUAGAGAUGGCACAUAAGUCCUCCGAUUUCCUAUCGAAGUCUGCUGUGCUUCUGUCAGGAACCAAUCUUCUUCCACUUCGUAUCAAUGGCCCCAAACAUCGUCGAGGUGGAGUCUUCAUGUUGUACUUCCGUUACGUUUUAGCAGCGUAUGCUCCCCGUGAGGAAGCAUACAAAUUCAUCAUCGCGGUAUCAGGAUCGCUGUCAGUACUAUCACUAAUGACUAUAUGUCUUGUUGUUCCGUCUGUUUACAACUUUGUUGACAAUAUAGGCAAUUUUCGGAGGCUCGACUUUGGCUACUGCGAGAGUGCCGUUACGGAUAUGGAACAAGAGAUGGUAUCAAUCCGAGAAGGUUUCCGGCUAUUACCUAGUAAUCGUUCAAGUCGUGCGACCGGAUACGGGCAUGCUUAUAAUCCUACCAUGAUGGUCUCGAAUUCUCCGCAGUUCCAGGAGUGCCCUGCAUGCUGCAUUCCUGGAGAACGAGGACCAAUCGGUGAUCCGGGCCUUCCUGCACUUCCAGGAGCCCCUGGCCCUGAUGGAGCACCGGGGCGGCCGGGCACUACGCCAAACGCUUCGUGCAUUCCUGAACGGGUUUUCGAGCCACCACCAUGUUUACCAUGUCCGCAAGGACCUCGCGGACUUCCUGGACAUCCGGGUUUUCCAGGAGAUCAUGGAGAUCCGGGCAUUCCCGGGCGACCUGGUGCUGACGGACUCCCGGGAAAGCCAGGAGAGCCUGGACCGAUUGGCCCUGCUGGACCACCUGGAUUAGUUGGACCACCUGGUGAUAAGGGUAGAACGCCGGAGGUACACGUUAUCCCAGGGCCACCGGGUGAUCCUGGACCACCAGGCCCGUGGGGCCCACCUGGCAAUCCAGGAAUGCCUGGAGAAGAUGGUUAUCCUGGGACACCGGGCGAAAAAGGAUGGCCAGGUCCGCCAGGUGCACCUGGACCGAUGGGACUUCCGGGACCGAGUGGACCUAGUGGUGAAGAAGGACCAGCUGGAACUCCUGGCACAUGUAUCUGCCAGGAUACUGAAAUUGUAAUGGCAGAUGUAAUCGGUAAAAUACCCGCCCCUCGAGAAGGUUUAGACAUUGGUUCUCAAAUAUCACCAGUACCAGCAGAAGAAUAUCGCGAAAUCGACAAACAACAAGCGUAA